AUGGGAGACACAAUACCGACCUCACUGGCCGAGCAGAUAUCGGAGAAGACUUCAGGCUUCAUCCAGUCCAGCAGCCACCGCGAUCUCCUCGAUAUUGUGGAUUCUUUGCGUUCGAACGGCGUCAGUCAUUAUGUUGACCUCCCACAAAUCAUUGUCUGUGGAAGUCAGUCCAGCGGCAAAUCCUCUACGCUAGAAGCCAUCUCUGGCAUUCCCUUUCCCACGGCAGAAGGACUGUGUACUCGUUUCGCGACAGAGCUUGUACUUCGCCGCGGUGAUAAGCCUUCAAUCAAGGUCCACAUUCAGCCUGCCGCAAACAGGACGGAGGCGGAAAGGAUCAAUCUCGCAGCUUUUGCAGAAACAGCUACGAAUGAGGGUGAAUUUCACCAGAUUAUCGAGUCUGCCAAGGGUGUCAUGGGGCUUUCAGAAGAUGGAGCAAAGCGCUUCAGCUCAGAUGUUUUGCGUAUCGAGAGUACCUCUCCAAUGGCUCCAAAUUUGACACUCGUAGACCUGCCCGGUCUUUUUGGCGCUUCUGACAAUUACCAAUCAGAAGGCGAUGCCGAGAUGGUUCAAAAUAUGGUCACGUCCUAUAUGAAACAGCGUCGCAGUAUUAUCUUGGCAGUCGUGACUGCGGACAACCCAUUCGCGAACCAGCCCGUCACCAAAUUCGCCCGGGACAUUGAUUCUGCAGGAAGUCGGACGCUUGGAUUGAUCACGAAGCCCGACCGGAUUGACAAGGGUUCUGAUACUGAACGGUACUAUCUAGAGCUUGCUAAGAACCAAAAUGUCAAGCUUACCCUUGGUUGGCAUGUCCUACGCAACAAGGGCCACACCACUGCCAGUGACACAAUCGAGGAACGCGAUGAAAGGGAAACUGAAUUCUUUCAAAACUCUGUCUGGAAUGAUUUGGAUCCGUCGCAGCUCGGAGUUGAACAACUGCGGGGCCGCUUGAGAACUGUCCUUUGGAAUCAGAUCCAGAAGGGUUUACCAGAUGUCAAGUCCGACGUCCAGUCUGGCAUCAAGGAUUGCAAGCAAAAGCUAGAACAACUCGGUGAUGCGCGGAGCAGCAGGAGGGAAAAGCACACGUAUCUUCAUGAAAUCAGUCGUCGCCUGUCUGUCUUGGUCCGAGCCGCCAUCGAUGGCGUAUAUACUGGCUCCUUCUUCGAGGUGUAUCCCAACCAAGAAGACACAUUUGAUCGACGUCUUCGUGCUCAAAUCCAAGCCAUCCUUGGGAGGUAUUCGGAAAAAAUGAGCAAGGAUGGCCAUGCCUUGGAGAUUGUUGAUGAUUGUCAAGACCCAUUGCGAUCGUCUAAAUUCAUGCAUCGAGAAGAAUAUUUGGACAUCGUAAAGACCUCCAUGUAUGAGUGCCGCGGGCGCGAAUUGCCGGGCACUUUUAAUCCAAUGGUAGUGGCUGACCUGUUCAGCCGGCAAUGCAAACCGUGGGAACACAUCACGCAUACCUUGGUCGAGCAAGUCCACGAGGCUGCCACCAAGACAUUUGACAAAAUGGUUUCUGAAAUAUGUGAUGGAAACACACGAGACCGCCUCAUGAAGGGCCUUAUUCAACCUACACUGUCUCAGCUUCGAAAAGAGGUCAGAGAUAAAGUGGACGAACUCAUGAAGCCCCAUCUCGCCAUUCAUCCCAUCACUUACAACGACGACAUCACAAAAGGCGUCCAGGAGAUCCAGACUAAACGCCACGAUCGAUACUUCGAUACCCUUUCGAUGAAAGUCUGUGGAGAGACAGAUGCCACUGCCACUGAAAAAGUUUCCGGCACGUAUUUGAAAGCCUUGUUGGUCGGAUUGAAGAGUGGGACUCGGCCAAAUGUGGAAGAGGACACGGCAUCUCUUGCCGCUGAUGUCGCUGCAGCAUAUUAUGAGGUAUUCAAUUCCACCAUUGCUUUGGAAAAAUUCGUCGACGACAUAAGCGUGAACGCGAUCGAGGUCUGUCUUGUGCAGGAGCUCCCUGAAGUGUUCUCUCCCGCCGUGGUAUGGGAUCUCACCGACGAGGAGAUUGAGCAGUUGGGCUCCGAGGCCGACUGGACCAUCACCGAGAGGGCCGAGCUGACCAAGAAGCUGAGUGUUCUCGAGCAGGGUCUCCGAGACCUGGAUGCCUUCACGGCGAGAUCUGGAUCACAUAAAACCUUGGCGAGACGAUCGAGACGCGAUUGA